AUGGUAUAUGAUUUGGGUAAACGAGUUGAAAUAAUACAGAAUGUUUUAGGAGUUAAGGUAACUGAUGGUUCACCCAGUGAUGAUAAUGAAGAUCAUCAGAAUGCAGCCAACUCUGAUUAUGCAAAAAGUUCACCCAGUUAUGAUAAUGAAGAAGAAGCAAAUUCUCGUGUUAAAAUAUGUGCAACAGAUGAUGAAAAUGGUGAGGAGAUAUGUGAUGAAGUAGAAAUUUCUGAUACACAUCAACUAACGCAAGUGAAUACUCUCGGAGAAAAUGAGAAUACAGAGAAAAUAACUUCAGACGAAGAGACUGAAAAAAUGGAAGAAGAAAGCUGCAGUAAACAAAAGUCAAAGGUGACGUCUUCUACUCCUACAUUCACUACUCCAAACUUCGAGACAAGGGAAAGUCGUCAUAGUGGAAAGGGUGCAAAUGAGGUAAAUGAUGAUGUUGAGCCUCCACUUAAAAAGAAGAAGAAAGCUGAUAUAGGUAACGUUGAACUAAGAAGAAGUGAAAGAGGUCAAAUACCAUCCAUUCAUACACAGCCACCAUUUACGGGAGCAAGGAAGAAACAUCCAAUACAUAUUGAAGCAGGUUUGCAGGUGCUGAAAUUGAGAAAUAGAAACAAUCCAGAUUUGUUUCUGAACAAAACUGCCUUAGUUGUUGGAGUGAAAUUCCUUGAAGAAAUAGAUGAACUUUAUGUUGAGUUUUUAGAUGACAAGGAAGGUUUCCAGUUUGCAAGUGGCUUUGACAAGUACAACAUAGAGAAGAAUAUCACUUUUCUCUAUUCAGCUAUUGCAGUUGAAGAAUAUUAUUGGCUUGGAAUUGUGGUCAAUCUGGAGAAAAGAAGCAUCACAGCAUUCAAUAGCGCAGCAGUGAAGUUUACAGAGGCCAACGUGGGGGCAUAUUUGAAUGCUUAUGCGACCGUACUACCUUUCAUGCUUCGCAAUGUCUUCAGAGAUGUUACAAUGGAUGCAAGCAAGUUUUCUAUAAAGAUUGUCUCUGAUGGUUUGCCACAGGUUGUUAAAAUAGAGGAUAGUGGAAUCUACGCGUUGAAGUUGAUUGAGUGUCAUGCCAUGCGCAUAGUUGACUUCACCAAGCUGACUGAAGAAAAGGUUGUCUACAUUAGGGAAAAGUUGGCUGUUGACAUCUUCUCAGAAUUACAGUGA